AUUGUCGCGUCGUAUUAUGUGAAAUCCCAAGUCAAUAACAGUAUACGAAUCUAUAUUUUAACAAUCUUGUGAGCGAUCGCAACUUUCAGUUUCCAAGAGCUAGAUCCAGAGGACUUAAUGGAAGAAUGUUAUUUAAAUCUGCCUGCAAAUGACGAUGUGAAAGUAAACAUUGCUGUAGUAGGAAAAAGCGGAAGUGGUCGAUCUAGUUUCGUUAAUGCUGUCAGACGGGUAGCAGAAGACGACGAGAAUGCAGCCAAAGCAGGCGAAUGUGUAAAAAUAUCGCCAAAAUUUUUCGCUCAUCCCGAUAACGCCAACAUUAGUUUUUCAAAAUUACCCAGUAUUGAUGAAGAAACGUUUCCGGAGUUCCAACUCUACUUCAGUCAUGUUGACAUUGAGAUGUUUGACGUCUUUCUCAUCUUCACUGCGGGAAUGUUUGGCGAAAGGCAUUUGCUAUUCGCAAAUGAAAUGAAAUCCAGGAAGAAACUUUUUAUUUGGGUUCGAAGCAAGAUCGAUAUGGCCGAUGGUAGAAAAGGUGGGGAAGAAAUGAUGAAAGAAGAGGCUAUUGGAACUCUCAGAGUCGAAAUUGAUAGAAACCUGAAAAAGCUUCAUAUUCGUGAUCGUAAAGUCUAUCUUAUGAGUAAUCAGCACCCGACACAGUUUGACUUUGACAAGAUCAUGCAAGCAAUCGCUGAUAUUUUGCCUUCUCCGCAAAAAGAGAGUUUUUAUAAAAUUGUUGAGUGGAAGAUAUUUAACGAUUUCAUUGCAGCGCAUGAAAAGAAAGGCAGGAUUAGAGGAUCCACAAUGUCUCGUGGCGAACAAUUAAAGAGAACAUGCGCACAAAUUGGCCUUGUGGGAGUACAGAGGUUGAUGCAACAGAGACUUCGCCAAUGGAGGGAAGUAACCGUUAACAUUGCUGUAGUUGGAGAUUCUGGUGUUGGGAAAUCAAGCUAUAUUAACGCUCUAAGAGGGUUGAAGGACGAUGACCCACUAGCAGCAAAAACAGGUGAGAGCGAAGAAACAACAGCUCCAACCCCCUUCCCUCAUCCAAUAAACGAGAAAAUUCUCAUUUGGGAUCUCCCAGGGAUCGGAACACCGACACUUCCCAAUAUUUCCACUUUUUGCCAAAACGUAAAAAUUGAAAUCUACGAUGCUUUUCUCAUAAUGUGCGCGGGAAGAUUUACAAAUCUCAGCCUCGAGUUAGCAAAAAAAGUUCAAUCCAUGGGAAAGCCAUUCUUUUUCCUUCGCACAAAAGUCGACGAAGCCAGACGAGCACGUAGAAGAAAGCUAAAGAGUGCAUUCAAUGAAGAGGAAAUGGUAAAAGAACUUCGGGAAUACUGCUUUGGAAAUCUACAAGAUCUUGGCUUUAGUGCUGAAAAGAUUUUUUUGACCAGCAGUUGGUUUCCAGCUAAAUGGGACUUUGAACGUCUAAAGAAAGCAAUCCUAGAUGAAUUACCAGAGAAUCAGAAAAUUUCUUUAACACUUACCUUGCGUAAGUGUUCAAAAGAAAUUUUGAAGGACAAGAUACAACUACUCAAAGACAGAAUAUGGCUCGUCACACUUGCAUCCGUUGUGAGCAAAUGUACCACAGGUAUUUUCUCGUUGCUUAUUGACGAGAAACUGAUUAAAAAGAAUAUUGAAUUUUACCGAAACCAAAUGGGCUUUCCUGAAAGUAGUUCAAACGAAUUUAAGAAGCUGCCCAACGCAUUGCAGGAAAAAGUAAACAAUUUUGAGUUAUCACCUGAACAGGAUGUUGCCGAAUGGUUGAAGUCGUUUGAUCCAGGAAACAAGUACAGUAUUAAAAGUUUUGGUCCACUAAUUCUUACUAAUUCCCCGCUGAGAUUCGUUUAUUGGUUCCUGAAUCUGGUGUUAGAUGAAAUGGAGGAAACUGCAAUGGCAAUAUGCGAUGAAGAGGCGACGAGAAAGGAGGAUGAUGAAAGAAAGGAGGAUGACGAAGACUCUGAAUAAACCGAACCUUUCCGCCAUGGCCUUAAAAACUUUAAUAUGAAAAUGAACAUUUAGCUUUAUUUAUAACUAGUUUGGUGACAUAAGAAUGCUUUUCUCGGCUUCUAGGAGGCAAAUAUAGCCCUAGAAAUAAUUCAUUACCAUUAUCUUAUUUCAUAAGUAUGUGGAGAACUAUGCAAAAAAUUAAAUAAUUUUAGGUAGGGAUAGCCAACCCUGUGCACGGUGUCCCUUCAAAAGAAAAAAAUAACUAAUAAUCUUGCAUCUUUACUCAAUUUAAAAUGCCAUAGCAUGCACUAGGUUUAACGUAACGAUGUUUGAAACAUUGACAUGCAGAUAUAUACCUGUAAUAAUUAUUGGCUUUUAAAAAAUUAAUAAGUAGUACUAGAAAGUUUUCUCUUCUGGGGGUAUUUUCUAUAAAUGAUAACUAAUAAUGUGUUUCGAAAAGGAAUGAUAUAUGAUG